GACCUUUUCCGCCGAGCACCCUACACAACUCGAAGUAUGUACUCUCUCCCUUAUGGAUGCGGCAACGGUCUCGUCGAUCACUUCAAAGGCCAUCACUGGUACUAUCGACAAUCAAGUGUUCGGCUUGGUAGGAUCACCACGAUGCUUUGUGGCCGAUAACGGUACAUCCUUCCAAUCGGUGCACUUCCGUGGUUGGGCUGCGUCAUGGGGUAUCCAA